GUCUGGUCUGCACCCUGUCAGUGAAUAUAAGUCUUUGCAUGUGAACAAUUCUGUAAUGGCUGAAAAAAGCCUCUCCAUGCUUUACUGCUGGGGCUCCAGCAAUUGUGGCCAGCUUGGAGUUCCUGGGACUUUUGAUGUGCACCAAGAAGGUGGACCAACUGAUGGGCACAAAGUUGAUUUACCAGUCAGAUUAAAAACUAUUAAUAACAUCAAACAAGUUGCUGCAGGACUGGAGCACACCUUAUUCCUGACAAACAAGGGUGAAGUGUUUGUUAGUGGCAAUGGCGAGGUUGGGCAGCUUGGCAUUCUUUUGCCUACCAGCAUCAAACAGAUCCAUGCUCCAGUUCAAGUUCUCACUUUAAAGGAUCAUCAAGUGAUGCAGGUGGCGGCUGGUGAGCAGCAUUCAGUUGCUGUUACCACUUAUGGUGAGGUGUACAGUUGGGGUGACAACACGUUUGGGCAGACUGGCAUAGGCGGGAGUGAGCAGGAAGGUCCCGUGUCGUACCCUGCUCGCAACAAGACGCUGGCUCACCUCAUGGUGGUGCAGGUCGCUUGUGGUGCCCACCACACGCUGGCUCUCACUUCAGAUGGCAGCGUGUACGGCUGGGGCCUCAACAGCAAUGGCCAGUUGGGCAUGUUCACCGCCGAGCCUGUGAGGAAAGCUACACUCGUCACCGCGCUGCAGGGCCUCCCCAUCAUGCAGCUGUGCUGCGGAGGCCAAAUGUCAGCUUGCAUCAGCCGCUGCGGGUAUCUGCUGACCUGGGGCAACAACAGGCACGGUCAGCUAGGACGCACUAUUGUGUCCAGCAAUCCUAAACAGUGUCAAGAUUUGGGAUCUGCUCUAUGUUCUGCCACCCCGAAAGUGGUGCCCAACCUGGCCAGCUAUUCCGUACCCAUCGUGUACGUGGCAGUGGGCAGCAACCACGUUGCUGCUCUUGAUUCUGAUGGAAAGCUGUGGACGUUCGGCAACGGCAGCCUGGGCUGCACUGGUCACGGUGGUGCCGGUGGCCCGGAUUGUUCACUUAGCACCCCGCGCACGGUGCUUGACCUGGUCGGCUCGACGGUCACGCAAGUCGAGUGCGGCCGCAACCAUACGCUCGCUCUCGCCCACGGCAAUGUGUACGCUUUUGGUGACGGCAGCAGCGGUCAGCUUGGCAUCACAGAAGUGCCCUCCUCAGGCUACGUCACGGCGCCUCGGCAGCUCAAGCCGCACUGGCAGAACAACCAUACGCGCGCUAAUGAAACCAGGCAAGCCGAUGCGUGUGUUCAGACCUCUCCUGACGGCACGCCUGACAACGGCUGUGAGGACAUGGAGGUCGAUGAGCCUCUAGCUGAGUCGUCGCCUGUGUUCGUGAAACAAAUAUUUUGUGGCGGGGACUGCAGUUUCCUGCUGACGACGUCGUGCCCUCGUCAGAGUUAUGACCGCACCGUCGCCGCCUGCUGCCCCGCCCCUGUACCGCCUCCCUCCGCUGCCUCGGCAGCACUUGCUGCUGAUGCCGCUGCUCAGGUGGCCACGAUUGCCGUACCUUUACCCGCUCCAUCGUCCCUGGAGGAGGCGAGCUCACCCGUCCCAGAAGUCUUGCCUUCUCCCACCCUCGAGAGCAGCGAAGCGUCAGGCCGGCGGCUGCCCGUCUACGAGCUCCAACUCGCGCACGUCCGAUACUUGGCCGACCUUCUGCCUGACCAGCGCAUCGAGAGUGAUGUUUUUACUUAUUUGGAGACUGCGCUGGCGUCAGUAGCGUGCUGGAAUCAGUCCUUCUUGUGCACCACGUUUAUUCGGGACCCCAACGAGCACGCCAUUGACAUGCACGCCGCCUCCAACUUUAUGACAACGCUCGCCUCAAUCACACGCGACACAGCCAAAGAUAUGAUAUGGAGUGGCAUUCAGUCGACUGCGUCAAACUUACCAUCUUGGUGCGUGACGUCCGAGUGUCUGCGAGCGUAUGUGCUGUUGGUGCUCACGCCGCACUUCAGUGACGUCAGUAACUACAAAACACUGCAUCUGCCGUACGCUAACAAGGCCAGCGCAUGGUCUCCCAAAGCCAAGUCCAUUAUGGUGCACUGGCUGUCGCAGUCAUCCCUUGACUUCCUGGAGCGGAUGGUGAAGGCGUUCGUGGGAGCUGUGGGGCAAGCUCUCAAGGAUGAUAAUCGCCAGCAAACUCACGUGAAGCCAGAGCUCGUUGGUCUCUUCGACUUGUUAAAGCAACUCUACGAUGUGAACAAACACAGAGCGACUGGUAUUGCUUUGAACACAUUCUACGUGGACGAGAUCUUCGAUUUUGUCAUGAUAUCUGAAGAUUACAAGCGGUGGAGAGAGAAGCCGCUCAUGGGCGCGAAAAAACUCUCUGACAAGGUACCGAUGUUUUUCUGCGACUAUCCUUUCCUCUUCAACGCUGUUUGCAAAAACGUAGUUCUCAGAGUGGAUUCAAUGGUGCAGAUGCAGAAUGCAGUUCGAUCGUCAGUGCCCCUCGCUAACCUGCAUUAUGGAGAUCCAACGGCACUUUUGUUUUCCAUGUUCGGUGCGAAUCUGAGUUUCGACCCACACCUCAGACUCAAAAUCCACAGAGACAACAUCUUGCAAGAUGCUUUCGACCAGAUCAGCAUGGCCAUGCCCAGAGAGCUUAAACUGCCACUGGUGGUUGAGUUCCACAACGAAGAGGCUCAGGACGACGGAGGUGUUCGCAAAGAGUUUUUCCUCCUCCUCAUGCGUGAGCUCUUGAAUCCAAAUUACGGCAUGUUCCAGGAGUACGAAACGUCGCGCUACAUCUGGUUUAGAGAAAACUCUUACGAGUCUCGGCACAUGUUUUGCCUUGUAGGAACCUUGUGCGGUCUUGCCAUCUACAACAGCAUAAUCAUCAACCUCCCCUUCCCACUGCCUCUCUACAAGAAAAUUCUCAACGAGCCCAUGACUUUGGACGAUUUCAUUGAACUGGACCCUGUCAUGGGCAAGAACCUGCGUGAGUUGCUGUUAUAUGAAGGCGAUGACGUAGAGGAGGUGAUGUGCCUAAACUUCACGCUGGACCGCGUCUACUUCGAUGAGGUCGUCAGCAAAGAACUCAAGCCGGGCGGAGCUGACAUUCCUGUUACUAAUGACAACAGAGAGGAGUAUGUGCAGCUGAUAGUCGAUUACAUACUAACGAAAAGCAUAGAGGAGGAGUUCUCGUCUUUCUGUGCGGGCUUCGAGCGCGUCUGCGGAGGCGACAUUCUGCGUCUCUUCCAGCCUGUUGAGCUCAUGUCGCUUGUGGUCGGCAACGAAGACUACGACUGGGACGCUUUCAAGAGUAACACCUCUUACAAGGGGGAGUACAGCGCCGACCACGAAACAAUUGUCACCUUCUGGAGCGUCUUCGAUGAGAUGGCCCUGGAGGAUAAGAAGAAAUUCCUGCUAUUCUUGACCGGCUGCGACCGCGUCCCCCUACUGGGCAUGAGGGCCAUCAAAAUGGUGAUAGAGCCAGUGCAAGACUCACGACUGCUGCCGGUAGCGCACACUUGCGUCCACCAGCUCGAUUUGCCCAAGUACGGAACGAAGGAGCGUCUCAAGUACAAACUCUUGCAAGCCAUCCAACACUACGAGGGCUUCGGUCUCGUGUAGUCGCCCCCUGUGCUCAGCCGCCAGUACGGUAUGCAUGCGGUCGCUCUCUUUAUUUCAAAAUUUUAGCUACUGAAUCAAUACUAUUCAGGUCGAGAUACAAUUUCAUGAAGUGAAAUUAGUUUUUUGGAAAAAGUUCUAAGGUUUUAGAAUUACUGGUCCAAAUUUGAAAUUGGACACACGAGCUUAUGGCUCUGCGGUGCUGGCGCAGAUUGUUUUGUCCGGUAAUUGUUCUAAAUCGUUAGGGAAACUAUUGCUGAGCGUGUCAUGCUGAACAGGUGAACCGAGUUCCUGCCUGGACUUGAAACGAAAAGUUUAUUAGAUGAAAUCCUAGUCGCCAGUUAUAGUUAUGAAGUUUUGAGUUGUGUGGUUAUUCUGAUAUCCAAUACGAGAUAGUCUUUUAUUUGACAGAAGGUUGGCCCUCAUGACUGGAGCUCAGACUGGCACUAAUUAUAUGACAAGAUCAAGGCAUGAAAUUUACAUCUGGAGAACUUAAGUGAGAUUAAAUAUGAUUAUGGAUAGAGUGUCUACUUAACUCCGAAUCAAUUUUCAAAUAUGUUUAGGAAUAUAGUGUGCUCAUUCUAGCCUUAAAUAACGGAGAAUAUAUUAUUUACAAUAAAAGAAGUACAAUUUAUCAGAUUCAUAGCACCUAUGCGUAAUGUGGCGUAUGAUACCAGUCAGUUGCAGUCAAGAGUCUUAGGAACGACAAAACUCUUGUUUGUUAAUGGAUUAAAGUUUGAUUUUUGAUAUAACACGCCUCUGGCGGAUCUCGUGUGAUAACCACGUCUUCGUAUGUACUACAGUAGGUACUAUAUUAUAUUACGGCUGAUUGAACAUUAUAUACAAACCCGCUUUUCCCGUGAAAAUAAUUUGUUUUACGAUAUUUUCUAUGAUUUAUCUUCUGGCUGUAUCGUAACGUUUAGCCAGAGUUUUUGCAUUCGAAACGUUUGCGUUGAUCUAUUUGUUGAAGUGGAUGGAUAUGAGUGGUGCAUCCUAUUUAGGAGUUCCUAUUGUCAUUUUGUGAAUGCCAUGUUCUAUAAGAAAAACAGCGUUCCAAUGUUGACACCUGUUGUAGUAUUGUAAAACAGUUUAGAUGAAACGUAUAUAUCAUACUACAUAUUAAUUCACGCGUACUCACGAUCGCAACAUUACUGCUGCUAAAAAGUUGUCUAUCAUACUUUUUACCGAUUUAUUUAUGAUUUACUGAUAGUGUGGGACAAGUACAGAAGUAAAUCUAAAUCUUAGAGCGUCACAAAGUCGUGCAGCACAGUCCGAGGCACGGCAAUGAUUCUUUGCAACGUUUUAGACGGUCUCCAGUAUAUAUUGGUCAAUUUCACUUUUAACUGCAUCCCCACAUUGUUGUGUGUGUUUUUUUUUUUUUUUUUGUCGGGAGAAAGUCACGCUUUUAUUUUCAUUCCAACGUCAACAGAAUACUUCAUUAAUAUCGGGUUCGUAGAAUAUUUACCAGUUUGUUCUUUUGGUGUUCAAAUAUUUUGAACAGAAUAUUAACAAUGUGGCGAAAUCAAUUUCAUGUCGAUCGAGUUUUCAUUUGAUUUUAAGCUCUCACCUUAAAAACUUGGUUUAUAACCAUUUCAAGUUCUAGGCCGUUUACACCAAUUGGGGCAAUAGAAACUCUGUGCAUCAGAAUAGCUUUUUUCUUCUUUCGCUUGAAGUGGAUUUCUUUAAUAUCCUCAUAUUUAAGGUAGAUGGAUCAUUCAGCAGUUUUAAUUAAUUCUUACUAAUCAUUGUGCCUUUCUUCGCAAGUGUUAAGAUACUUGUUAUUCAUGCUCUUUGGAAGAAUAAAGUUGUGAUGGAAA